AUGGCCAUGGACAAUUCUCCUUCAGCUGCUGAAAACAUGCCCAAUUAUCGUGUUAAUCACUGGAGGCAAGAUGAGGAUCAAAAGCUAACCCAACUUGUUCAAGAACAUGGUCCCCAAGACUGGAAUGUAAUUGCUCAACAUAUACAAGGACGAACUGGGAAAAGUUGCAGAUUAAGGUGGCGCAAUCAUCUUGAUCCUGGUGUUAACAGAAACUCUUUCACGAAAGAAGAAGAAGAGAGGCUAAUUGCAGCUCGAGAGGUUUAUGGAGCAAAAUGGGCAACCAUAGCCAAACUGUUCGAGGGGAGAACCGACAAUGCCUUGAAAAACCAUUGGCACGUUUUGAUCGCACGAAAGCGAAAGGAAGGCAACAAUGGAAGUUUGCAAGAGCUGAUGAACGGUUCAAGUUCUUCCUCUUCUCACGAUGACGCAUUGUUUGACAUGAUGAACUUCAACGCUACACAAAGGGCACUUGCACCGGUGUGUCCCAGUGAUUCGUUGAGCCCUAUGAACUUUGGAUCUGUGCCAUCCUUCUCCGACUCUUUUCCUGGGAAGGAAGAGAGUGAUCCUUUUGGGCUGUUGAAUCCUGCUGCUACUUCUGGCGGAAUGAUGAAAAAGGGCUUGUUUCAUAGCUCAUCAUCGGCAUUCACUAAAUUUAAGGGUUCUUCUUCCUCGGACAGAAAUGAACCACAUGACGCUGGAUUCAAGGAUGGUACUUUCUAUGAUUUUCUUGGUGUCGGUGCUGAUGAUGAGUGA